AUGUGUGUGCAAGAGGAUGAACAAGUUGAUCAAGAUAAUGAUAACAUGGAGAAAUUUCUAGAUAACAGAAGAAUUUCAUGGCCUUUGCAUUGUGAUCUGUUGCAUGCCCAGAUGGAUAAUUCAGAAAAUGACUCUUCUUUUGGAAUUUCCAAUGGCCAGAUCAGUGUUGUGAAUUCAUUUCCUCUGGAAAGUAUUUGUGAAGAUGCAGUGAUUACAGAGAAAAAUCAGAACCUGAUCAAUUUUGUCCCUGCGCUUCGGUCCGGGGAGUGGUCUGAUAUCGGAGGUCGGCCUUACAUGGAGGAUACUCACAUAUGCAUUGGAGACUUGGCAAAGAAAUUCGGUUAUAAUGAUGUCUGCGACGAAGCUGUUUCCUUUUAUGGUGUAUUUGAUGGACAUGGAGGGAAGAGUGCUGCGCAAUUUGUUCGCGAUCAUCUUCCGAGGGUGAUUGUUGAGGAUGCUGACUUCCCUCUUGAACUCGAGAAGGUGGUCACGAGGUCGUUUUUGGAGACUGAUUCGGAGUUUGCCAAAACAUGCUCCGCAGAAUCUUCCCUUUCUUCUGGUACAACUGCAUUGACUGCAAUUAUAUUUGGAAGGUCUUUACUCGUGGCUAAUGCCGGAGACUGCCGCGCUGUUUUGUCCCGAGCGGGAGGGGCUAUAGAAAUGUCCAAAGAUCACAAUCCGUUAUGCAUGAAAGAAAGGAUGAGGAUUGAGUCGCUCGGUGGAUUUGUCAAUGACGGUUACUUGAACGGACAGUUAGGCGUCACACGUGCUCUAGGCAACUGGCAUCUUGAAGGAAUGAAGGAAAUGAGUGGAAGAGGACCAUUGAGUGCUGAGCCGGAACUUAAAUUGAUGACAUUGACAAAAGAUGAUGAGUUUUUGAUAAUCGGAAGCGAUGGGAUAUGGGAAGUUUUUCGUAGCCAAAAUGCGGUCGAUUUUGCAAGGAGGAGAAUUCAACAGCAUAAUGAUGUUAAACAAUGUUGCAAGGAAAUAAUAGGUGAAGCAAUAAAGAGAGGAGCAACCGAUAAUUUAACUGUUGUGAUGGUGUGUUUUCAUUCAGAUCCCCCACCACCUAUGAUUAUUGAAAGGCCUAGUAGAUUUAGGAGAAGUAUAUCUGCUGAAGGACUUCAGAAUCUUAAAUGCCUGCUUGAAGGAUAG